UAUAGUUCCCUGUGCUAUACACUAGGGCCUUGUUAUUUAUUUUAUAAACAGUAGUUUGUAUCUGCUAAUCCCAAACUCCUGAUUUAUCCCUCCCCCACCCCCCCUUUUCCCCUUUUGUAAUCAUAGGUUUGUUUUCUACCUAUGUGAAUCUGUUUCUAUUUUGUAAAUAAGUUCAUUUGUAUCACAUAACCACACUUAAGUGAUAUCAUAUGGCAUUUGUCUUUCUCUCUCUGACUUACUUCACUUAGUAUGAUAAUCUCUAGGUCUAUCCAUAUUGCUGCAAAUGACACUAUUUCAUUCUUUUUUAUGGCUGAGUAGUAUUCCAUUGUGUGUGUGUGUGUGUGUGUGUGUGUGUGUGUGUAUUUAUAUAAAUACACACACACACACCUUCUUUAUUUAUUCUUCUUUCGAUGGACAUUUAGGUUGAGGAAGCUCUUUCUGUAUUGCCAUCAUCUCUAUUUUAUUUUUCCCUUUGGCAGAUCAUGAAAACCAGUCUAUUCUGAUCAUGUAAGUAUCCAAGGUGGAGUGUGUUUUCAUAUCUGUGGCCCUUUGUCCCCAAUGCGGAAGAGGAAGAUGCCACUUGCUCUGUUUUGUUAAUGAGAAAGUACCGAGAACAAAGUCUGUGAUGCAAAGAUGUGGCGGGGUGGGGGGGGGGGGCGGCGCUGAGGAGAGAUGGGCAGGAAGGCCUGUGAGGCCUUAGGAAGCUGGAGCUCCCCAUCCAGCCUGCUCAGUGAUGCCGGUCUCCCCCGGGGCCCCUGCCUCUCCGAGUGGUCUCACAUUUGUUGGGAGGUGUGUGUCUGCCGUGGCUCAGGUGACAUCUUAGGGGGCCCGUUUACACACACGGGGCUUGUUUCUCUUUGUCUCUCUGUUUCGAUUGCUCCAAAUAGCUGAGAAUCCAGGGCAGGAAAGACUGUGAACACCAAAAGGAUCACCCAGUACUUUGCAACAAUUGCAGCGUCUGGAGACCUCACCAUGAAGAAGUACUCCAAAAUGAGGUUAUGGAGAGGAGAAAGGCUUGCCCUGCUUCCGCUGCCAACCUUUGUCUUGAAGUGUGUGUAUGUGGUGGGGGGAAGGCCAGCAGAGCCAAUGUCAAGAACUCCACCUCAGCUAAGUCAUAGCCCCAGUCUCUCUUGGCCUCUAUCACCAGCUUUAUAAAUAUUGGGCUGCAAAAUUUCCUCUAGGGAGCUUGGCCAGAGAAUAUUUCUCCUUCUGCAGGCAGGCUACAAGGUCCAAGACCAACAGAGGUAGCCUAGAGAUGGAGCUUCUAAUAUCUCAAUUGCCAGCCAUAGUUUGAAUGAGGGGCUUCUAUGAAGUCUGAAUAAUAAGUCCUUUCAAGAUUCUACAGUGACCCAGAGCAAAAAAAAGAGUGAGUGGUAUUCUCACCCACACAGUCCCAGGACCUUCUUCAGGCUUCCACGGCAUUAAUGGGGACUCUGGGCUCUAGAUUCUGCCUGCUGGUGCGAGCACAAGCUUCGGCCUAAGGACUUCAGAGAGUAGGAGGAUGCUAUCAUUGCCUUCUUUUCUACAUUAUUAACAAUCCAUUUGAUUGGUGAUUCUCUGUUUUACUAAGUACAUUCAUAACUGUUUUUUAAAUUAAAAAAUUUUUAUUGAAGUAUACUUGAUUUACAAUGUUGUGUUAGUUUCAUGUGUACAGCAGAGUGAUUCAGUGUUUUAUGUAAAUAUAUAUAUAAUAUUCAUAUAUAUGUAUCAGAUUCUUUUCCCUUAUAGGUUAUUACAAAAUAUUGAGUAGAGUUCCCUGUGCUAUACAGUAAGUCCUUGUUGGUUAUCUAUUUUACAUACAGUAGUGUGUAGAUGGCAAUCCCAACCUCCUAAUUUACCCCUGCCCCACCCCUUUCCCCUUUGGUAACCAUAAGUUUGUUUUCUACCACUGUGGGUCUAUUUCUGUUUUGCAUAUAAGUACGUUUGGAUCUUGUUUUUCGAUUCCAUAUAUAAGCGAUAUCACAUGAUAUUUGUCUUUCUCUGUCUGACUUAUUUCACUUAGUAUGAUAAUCUCUAGGUCCAUCCGUGUUGCUGCAAAUGGCAUAAUUUCUUAUUUUUUACGGCUGAGUAAUAUUCCAUUGUCUAUAUAUACCAUAUCUCAUUUAUCCAUUCAUCUGUUGGUGGAUGUUUAGGCUGUUUCCAUGUCUUGGUUAUUGUAAAUAGUGCUGCAAUGAACACUGGGGUGCACGCAUCUUUUCGAAUUAUAGUUUUCUCCGGAUAUAUGCCCAGGAGUGGGAUUGGAGGAGCAUAUGCUAACUUUAUUUUAAAUUAAAAGGUUUCUUUUACUUUUAUCAUUACAAACUUCCAAUGCAGAGGGAGCAUUGUAGUGGUUAAGAACAUGGGACUUCAUUUUGCAAUAUAUACAAAUAUUGAAUCAUUAUGUUGUAUACCUGAAACUAAUGUUGUGGAUCAAUUAUACCUCAAUAAAAAAAAAAAGAAGGAAGGAACUGAGAAGUUUUCAGUUACUUUGCAUAAAAAAAUUUUGAAUUAUUUUCUAAAUAAGACCCUUUUUUAUAGGUAUACUAUAAUCAAUAAAGUGGUUUAAGUAAUUUAAAAAAAAAAACAUGGGACCGUGGAACUGUAUAUACAGAUUGCCUGGAUGCGAAUCCUAGCUCUUCCACUUGCUGGCUGUGUUGGCCUUAGGCAAUUUCUUAAUGGCUCUGAGUUUCAGCUUCUUCAUCUGUAAAAUGGGACUGAUACUAUCCCCGAGUGUUGUGAUUGGGAUAAAAUGAGUUAAUAUUUAUAAAGCACUUAGUGCCUAAUACCAUCAUAGUGAUUUCUAUACAAAUGUUUUGAAAAUAGGCAUGGAUAUUUCCACCCUGACAUAUAAUAAUUUUCACUUUAGUGUUCCAAACAACCAUUUGUGUUUGGCCAAUUUUACCUCUUAAAUAUUUCGGGAAUGCUUGCUCUCUCCUCCUUCUUUACUUCCACUGCCCUGGUUUCGGCACACAGUAACAGUAAACUGCUUACAGUUCUCCAUGCCUUACUUGCUGGUCUUUCCUAUUGCAAUUCUCUGAUUCCCAUGGCACCCCCUUCUUUGGCUUUCUCCUACUUGUUCUCCAUCACUGUUUAUCCUCAGACUACAAACUCCUUAAGAGCAGAAACUGCCAUUCUCCCUGGAUUGUCAGCAUCUAUAACAAUGUGUGGCACAAAGAAAAUACUCAACAAACGUGUAUUGAAUUAGUGGAUGGUUGGUUGCUGUGUCCCAGGCACUAUGUAGUAGUUUACAGGGGGAUUUUCAUUCAAUCCUACCUAAAACUCUGUGUGAUAUUAAGUACAAUUAUUAUCCCCAGUUUACAAAUAGGAAAACUAAGACCUGGAGAGGUUAAAUAACUUGCCCCUAAAAUACCUAUUUAUAUUCAUAUGGUUAUUCUAUUCUUAUGUGAUAAUCUGUACUUUAUAAUGGUGUGUAGGAACAGAGGAUGCCAGGAAGCCACAGCUGAUAUCCCUGAUGCAUGAAGAUAUGAUAUUCAAUUUUCCUAUUAAAAGCACAGUUACUUUAUUUUUAUGUAGCUUGUUCUCAAAUCACAGUAUUUUUUCUUUAGAUAAUUUUUUUAACAUCUUUAUUGGGGUAUAAUUGCUUUACAAUGGUGUGUUAGUUUCUGCUUUAUAACAAAGUGAAUCAGUUCUUUAGAUAAUUUUUAAUCUUCUAUGAAUGUAAAAAUUGUACAUAAAGAAAAAUGUGGCUAUUUCUUACAACAAUCAAUUGAUCUGGGGGUCCACUGGAUGCUAUGCUUUAAUCCCAUCAUAUAGUAUAUGUCAGGAGCUUUGGUUAGUAUCUUAUCCAUACAUAAUCAUUUGAAACAGUCAUUCAUGGUUAACUAAAUUUAUGAAAGGUUAUCUACAUCAUUGAAAUCAUGUUUCUCUAGGGCAUUUGUGGAAAGCUGUACAGAUUAAUGAUAGUAGUAGUGCUGGUAGUGGUAGCAACAGCAGCAGCUACCAUUUACUGAGCACCUACCAUGUACCAGGCCUACUAUGCUGUAAGUUUUACUUACAGUAUCCCAUCGAAGGCCUGUGCAAUAGCUUCUGUUGUUUUAUUUUACAGAUGGGGAAACUGAGACUCAGAGUUUAACUCACUUUCUUGAGGUCACUCAGCUAUUGAAUAGUGGAACCAGACUGAAAUCCAAAUUUGUGUGUCUCUAAAGCCUGGGGUUUUAGUCCAAGCUAGACUUUGAAGGCUGUCCAAGUUACUUAACCCUCUCUGAGCUUCAGUUUCCUCAUCUGUAAAAUUGAGGGAAGUAACACACCUUGCAGUGUUGCUAUGAAGAUUUGAAAUAAUAGAUGCCCAGGGCUCAGAGGCACAUAGUAGGCAUAUAAGCCCUGGUGGGGUGGUGUUUAUGCUUGCGUGGGGUAUUAAGUGGGCAGAGGAAGAUCUGAGAUCCCUUUAAAGGCAUUGGGGAGCUGAAGAGGAGGGAUCUACAGCUUUGGCAGGCUUGAGAGCUGGCCUUCUCCCCUCCAGAAUACAAUGACCCAAUGAAACUCUGAGCGACAGGCGAGGGGGCAGGGGCCUGAAUUUGGCUCCAGCAACCUCUGCAGGGAAUCGUGAGAGGGGCGGGAGCUGGGAGGGGCGUGGAAAUCCCGGUUGUCAGAGGACUGCAGGUGUCAGGGAGUUAGUGUAGGUGGGCUCCCAGAGCCUGGCAGAGGGAGGAGGGGAGGCUGGAGCGGCAGAGCCGGCGGGGGAGAGAGGGAGGCGUGGCCCUGAGCCUGGGAGGCUGUCCUUAGACUGCUCUUCUCUUGCCGGGCAGUUUGCUGCAUCUGGAGGAGCUCACUGGAGAAUCUCCAACAGCGGAGUGGGCCUUCAACUACCAUCUCACCACCUGAUGAGGGGCACAGCCCUUCAGGACUCCAGAGGCUCCAUGACCCUGGACAGGCCAGGGGAAGGGGCCACCAUGCUGCGGACAUUCACUCUCUUACUCUUUUGCAUUCGGUUGAGUCUGGGUAUGACACCAAUAGCAAUGAUGCAAUCUCAACCAGAGCUGUGGAUAGAGACCAACUACCCCCAGGCCCCUUGGGAGAACAUCACACUUUGGUGCAAAAGCCCCUCUCGGAUUUCAAGCAAGUUCCUGUUGCUGAAAGAUAAGACACAGAUGACCUGGAUCCGCCCUUCCCACAAGACCUUCCAAGUUUCAUUCCCCAUUGGUGCCCUUACUCAGUCCAAUACAGGUCUUUACAGGUGCUGCUACUGGAAGGAGACGGGCUGGUCAGAGCCCAGUAAAGUUUUAGAGUUGGAGGCACCAGGCCAGCUGCCCAAGCCCACUUUCUGGAUCCAGGCUGAGACCUCCCCUCUUCCUGGAUGUAAUGUUAACAUACUCUGCCAUGGCUGGCUGCAGGAUUUGGUAUUCAUGCUGUUCAAAGAGGGAUAUGCAGAACCCGUGGAUUACCAAGUCCCAACGGGGACAGUGGCCAUAUUCUCCAUUGCCAACAUGACACCUGAGAGUGAAGGGGUUUACAUCUGCCGCACUCACAUCCAGAUGCUCCCUACCCUGUGGUCAGAGCCCAGCAAUCCCCUGAAGCUGAUUGUGGCAGGACUCUAUCCCAAACCAACUCUGACAGCCUAUCCUGGGCCCAACAUGGCACCGGGAGAAAGCCUGAAUCUCAGGUGCCAAGGGCCAAUCUAUGGAAUGACCUUUGCUUUAAUAAGGCAUGAAGACUUGGAGAAGUCCUUUUACCACAAGAGACCAUUAAAAAAUGAGGCAUAUUUCUUCUUCGGGGCUUUGAAAAUCCACAAUGCUGGACAUUACCUCUGUUUUUACUAUGAUGGGUCACACAGGGGUUCACUCCUUAGUGAUAUCCUGAAAAUCUGGGUAACCGACACUUUCCCGAAGACCUGUCUACUUGCUCAGCCCAGUCCUGUGGUCCAAAUGGGUCAGAAUGUGAGCCUGUGGUGUCGAGGGCCAGUGGAUGGAGUGGAACUUACACUCUAUAAGAAAGGAGAAGACAAAACACUUCAGCUCUUGGAUACCACCAGCAUCAGUGAUGAUGAGUCAUUCCUCCUCAACAAUGUGACCUAUAGUGAUGCUGGCAUCUAUAGCUGCCACUAUCUCCUCUCCUGGAAGACCUCCAUCAGGAUGUCAUCACACAACACCGUGGAGCUUGUGGUUGUAGAUAAGCCCCCCAAACCCUCCCUGUCAGCCUGGCCCAGCACCGUGUUCAAGCUAGGAAAGGCCAUCACCCUUCAGUGCCGAGUACCUCAACCAGUACUUGAAUUUUGUCUGGAAUGGGAAGAAAGAGCAACAUCCCCAAAAUUUUCAGUGGAUGGAGACUUCAUCAUCAGUAAUGUUGAAGGGAAAGGCACGGGGACCUACAGUUGCAGCUAUCGCAUAGAGGCACAUCCUAACAUCUGGUCAUAUCGCAGUGAGCCUCUGAAACUGAUGGGGCCAGCAGGCUUUCUCACCUGGAAUUACGUUCUGAAUGAGGCUAUCAGGUUGUCCCUAAUCGUGCAGCUUUUUGCCUUGCUGUUGGUAGAGCUGUGGAUAAGGUGGAAGUGUCGGAGACUCAGAAUCAGAGAAGCCUGGUUGCUGGGAACAGCUCAAGGGGUCACCAUGCUCUUCAUACUCACAGCUCUUCUCUGCUGUGGACUGUGCAAUGGGGUAUUGACAGAAGAGACUGAAAUAAUCAUGCCAACCCCAAAGCCUGAGCUGUGGGCAGAGACCAACUUCCCUCUGGCCCCGUGGAAGAACUUAACCCUCUGGUGCAGAAGCCCUUCUGGCUCAACUAAGGAAUUUGUAUUGCUGAAGGACGGGACCGGGUGGAUUGCAACUCGCCCGGCCUCAGAGCAGGUCCGGGCUGCCUUCCCCCUUGGAGCCCUGACCCAGAGCCACACCGGGAGUUACCACUGCCAUUCGUGGGAGGAGAUGGCUGUGUCAGAGCCCAGUGAGGCACUUGAGCUGGUGGGGACAGACAUCCUCCCCAAACCUGUCAUUUCUGCUUCCCCCCCAGUUCGGGGCCAGGAACUGCAAAUCCGGUGCAAAGGAUGGCUGGCAGGCAUGGGGUUUGCUCUGUAUAAGGAGGGAGUGCAGGAACCUGUCCAGCAACUUGGUGCCCUUGGGAGAGAAACCUUCUUUACAAUCCAAAGAAUGGAGGAUAAAGAUGAAGGCAAUUAUAGCUGCCGCACUCACACUGAAAAGCGCCCCUUCAAGUGGUCUGAGCCCAGUGAGCCCCUGGAGCUUGUCAUAAAAGAAAUGUACCCCAAGCCCUUAUUCAAGACAUGGGCCAGUCCUGUGGUCACUCCUGGUGCCCGAGUGACUUUCAAUUGCUCCACCCCCCACCAGCAAAUGAGCUUUAUCCUUUACAAAGAUGGAAGUGAAAUAGCGUCCAGUGACAGGUCUUGGGCGAGUCCGGGAGCCAGUGCAGCCCACUUUCUGAUCAUUUCGGUGGGCAUUGGUGAUGGAGGGAAUUACAGCUGCCGCUAUUAUGACUUUGCUAUCUGGUCUGAGCCCAGUGACCCUGUGGAGCUCGUGGUGACAGAAUUCUACCCCAAACCCACUCUCCUGGCACAGCCAGGUCCUGUGGUGCUUCCUGGGAAGAAUGUGACCCUGCGCUGCCAAGGGACUUUCCAGGGCAUGAGGUUUGCCCUCUUGCAGGAGGGAACCCAGGUUCCCUUACAGUUUCAGAGUGCCUCAGGGAAUGUGGCUGACUUUCCCCUCCACGCUGUUGGAGCAGACGACUCUGGGAACUAUAGUUGUGUCUACUAUGAGACCACUAUGUCAAACAGGGGAUCAUAUCUCAGCAAGCCUCUUAUGAUCUGGGUGACUGACACAUUCCCCAAGCCACGGUUGUUUGCUGAGCCCAGUUCUGUGGUUCCCAUGGGGCAGAAUGUUACUCUCUGGUGCCAAGGGCCAGUCCACGGAGUAGGGUACAUUCUGCACAAAGAAAUAGAAGCCACUUCAGUGCAGCUCUGGGGAUCCAUCAGUAAUGAUGGGGCAUUCCCCAUCACCAAUAUAUCUGGUGCUAACAUAGGUCGUUACAGCUGCUGCUACCAUCCUGACUGGACCAGCCCUAUCAAGAUACAGCCUAGCAACACCCUGGAACUUAUAGUCACAGGUUUGCUCCCCAAACCCAGCCUAUUAGCCCAGCCUGGUCCCAUGGUGGCCCCUGGAGAAAACAUGACUCUUCAAUGUCAAGGGGAACUGCCAGACUCAACAUUUGUCCUGUUGAAGAAGGGUACUCAAGAGCCCUUAAGGCAACAGAGGCCAAGAGGGUACAGGGCUGACUUCCGGAUGCCAGCAGUGAGCAGUGAAGAUUCUGGGAUGUAUAGCUGUGUUUAUUAUUUGGAUUCUGCUCCCUUUGCAGCUUCUAAUCUCAGUGACUCCCUGGAGAUCUGGGUGACUGAUAAGCCCCCUAAACCCUCCCUGUCAGCCUCGCCCAGCACUGUGUUCAAGCUAGGAAAGGAUAUCACCCUUCAGUGCAGAGGACCCCUGCCAGGUGUGGAGUUUGUCCUGGAACAUGAUGGAGAAGAAGCGCCUCAGCAGUUUUCAGAGGAUGGAGACUUUGUCAUCAACAACGUAGAAGGAAAGGGCAUUGGAAACUAUAGCUGCAGCUACCGUCUGCAGGCCUACCCUGAUAUCUGGUCAGAGCCUAGUGAUCCCCUGGAGCUGGUGGGGGCAGCAGGGCCUGCUGCUCAGGAAUGCACUGUGGGGAACAUUGUCCGAAGUACCCUGAUCGUGGUGGUGGUUGUAGCUUUAGGGGUGGUGCUAGCCAUAGAGUGGAAGAAGUGGCCUCGACUCCGAACCAGAGGCUCAGAGACAGAUGGAAGAGACCAGACCAUAGCCUUGGAAGAGUGUAACCAAGAAGGAGACCUGGGCACCAAUACCAACUCUCCCUCAUCGAUCUCUCAGGGAACCUCAGUGGAACUGCCAGUCCCAAUAUAAUAAUCACCUCCUUGGCAAGAGCUUUCCUCUCCUCUUUUUUUAUCCUCAGAGACCUGCAAAUCUGGCUGGUUUCCCUGGGAGUCCACCCCAUCUACUGUUCCUUGGCCACUAAUCACCUGAGAUAGGUCAAGGGGAUUUUAGGAGUUGAGAGCCCUACCAGGGUGAGAUGUUUCCUGAAGAGAGAGUCCCUGCCCUCGUAACUCCUCACUGUACUGAUUUACUGGUGCAUGAAAUUCUAUUAAAAAUGUAUUCUUCUGAAUAAAGAGAGUAUUCACUAUUUAACUGCAAAAA